GGAGAUCCGCCGCUCUGGUGUUUUUUUUUCUGGUGGUUCCCAGGCCUCGUGGGCCUGGCGAGCUCUGGGGCCUCCUCCGUGCCGCUGCGCGCUCGGGCCUGGGCGCUGGGCUGCUUCCUGUGCGUCCUGACUGCGGUCGGAGAGGCGGCGCCGCCCCUGGUCGCGGACGCGGUCGCGGUCACCGUACCGGGCGCGGUAACGUGCGUCCCGGCCGCCGAGUUCCCUGAGCCGGGCCGAGCCGGGCCGAGCCGUGCCGAGCCGAGCCGGGCCGGGCCAGGCCCGAGCGGGGCGGCGGCCGGAGAAGGCGGGCUUGGGGCGGGACGCGGAUGCCCGGGGCCGCGGCGGCGCUGGCUGCACGCGGGGAGCUGCGCGCCCGGGAGCGGCGGCGGUCGCCUCCCGCGUCCCCUCCCCACGGCGCCGACCAUGGCCAGUGGCAGCUGUCAGGGGUGCGAGGACCAGGACGAGGAAACUCUGAAGAAGUUGAUAGUCAGAUUGAACAACGUCCAGGAAGGAAAGCAGAUAGACACGCUGGUCCAAAUCCUGGAGGACAUGCUGGUGUUCACAUACUCCGAACACGCCUCCAAGUUGUUUGAAGGCAAAAAUUUCCACGUGCCUCUGUUGAUCGUCUUGGACUCCUACAUGAGAGUGGCGAGUGUACAGCAGGUGGGUUGGUCGCUUCUGUGCAAAUUAAUAGAGGUCUGUCCAGGUACAAUGCAAAGCUUAAUGGGUCCCCAGGAUAUUGGAAAUGAUUGGGAAGUCCUCGGUGUACACCAACUGAUUAUUAAAAUGCUAGCAGUUCAUCAUGCCAGUGUAAACCUGUCAACAGUUGGACUAAAGGCCUUAGAUCUUCUCCUGACUUCAGGAAAAAUCACACUGCUGAUACUGGAUGAAGAAAGUGAUAUUUUCUUGUUAAUUUUUGAUGCCAUGAAUACAUUUUCAAACAAUGAUGAAGUCCAGAAACUGGGAUGCAAAGUUUUACAUGUGCUGUUUGAGAGAGUUUCUGAGGAACACCUAACUGAAUUUGUUGAGAACAAAGAUUAUAUGGUAUUGCUCAGUGCACUCAACAGUUUUAAAGGUGAAGAGGAAAUUGUGCUUCAUGUACUACACUGUUUGCAUUCUCUAGCAAUUCCUUGCAAUAAUGUUGAAGUCCUUAUGAGUGGUGAUGUCAGAUGUUACAAUAUUGUCGUAGAAGCCAUGAAAGCAUUCCCUAUCAAUGAAAAAAUUCAAGAAGUGAGUUGCUGCUUGCUCCAUAGGCUUACAUUAGGUAAUUUUUUCAAUAUCCUGGUAUUAAAUGAGGUCCAUGCUUUUGUGGUGAAAGCCGUGCAGCAGUACCCGGAGAAUGCCGCCCUGCAGGCCUCUGCUCUUAGCUGUUUAGCACUCCUCACUGAGACCAUUUUCUUAAAUCAAGACUUAGAGGAGAAGGAUGAGAACCAGGAGAAUGAGGAAGAGAAGGAAGAGGAGGAAGAUAAAUUGUUCUGGCUGGAAGCCUGUUACAGGGCCUUAACACGGCACAGGAAGAACAAGCAUGUGCAGGAGGCCGCAUGCUGGGCACUCAAUAACCUCCUUAUGUACCAGAACGGUUUACAUCAGAGGAUUGGAGAUGAAGAUGGCCAGUUUCCAGCUCAUAGGGAGGUGAUGCUGGCCAUGCUCAUGCAUACUUCAUCCAGAGAAGUCCUCCAGGCAUCUGCGGCUGCGCUCUCCACACUCUUGGAGCAAAAUGUUAAUUUCAGAAAAAUCCUAUUGUCCAAAGGAAUAUACGUCAAUGUAUUGGAAUUAAUGCAGAGGCAUAUACAUUCUCCUGAAGUUGCUGAAAGUGGCUGUAAAAUGCUGAAUCGUCUUUUCGAAGGAAGCAACACUUCCUCAGAUACAAUGGCAGGGUUGGUCCCCAAAAUAAUAACAGUUAUGAAAAGUCAUGAGACGUCCUUGCCAGUGCAGCUGGAGGCGCUUCGAGCUAUUUUACAUUUUCUAGUGCCAGAUAUGCCAGAAGAAUCCAGAGACAAAUCUCAAUGGAAACUGAAUAUGGUCAGAAGACAAUGUUUAAAGAAUGAUAUUCACAAACUGGUUCUAGCGGCUUUGAACAGGUUCAUUGGAAAUCCUGGGAUUCAAAAAUGUGGCUUAAGAGUCAUUUCUUCCAUAGCACAUUUCCCUGAAGCAUUAGAGGUGUUAUCCCUGGAAGGAGCUAUUGAUUCAGUGCUCCGCACUCUGCAGAAGUAUCCAGAUGACCCAGAAAUUCAGUGCCUGGGGUUAAGUCUUGUAGGAUGCUUGAUUACAAAGAAGCAUUUAUGCCUAGGAGCUGGGCAUCUGGUGGCAAAAAUUCUGGUUUACAGUUUACAGCGAUUUAAAGAUGAUGCUGAAGUACAGUUUAAAGGAUUUCAGACAAUCUUGGCAAUACUUGAAUUGUCAGUAUCUUUUUCCGAGUUGCUGGUGCACUACUCAUUUGAUUCAGUAAUAUUCCAUCAGUUGUCUUCUGGCAUAGUGGAACAGAAGGAUCGAAAGUUUCUAAGUCUCUGUUGCAAGUGCUUUGCAAAAUUAGCUGUGGAUGAUGAGUUAAAAAGUGUGAUGCUGAGGAGAGCAUGUGAUCAGAACAAUAGCACUAUGGUUGAAUGUUUACUUCUCCUGGGAGCAGAUGCCAAUCAAGCAAAGGAGACAACACCUUUAAUUUGCCAGGUAUGUGAGAAGGAAAGCAGUCCCAAAUUGGUGGAACUAUUACUCAGUAAUGGAGCCCGUGAGCAAGAUGUAAGGAAAGCACUGACCAUAAGCAUCCAGAAAGGUGACAGCCAGAUCAUCAGCUUACUCUUGAAGAGGCUUGCCCUGGAUAUGGCCAACAAUAGCAUUUGCCUUGGAGGAUUUUGCAUAGGAAAGAUUGAAGCUUCUUGGCUUGCUCCUUUAUUUCCAGAUAAGACAUCUAAUUUAAGGAAACAAACAAAUAUAGGAUCUGUGCUAGCAAGAAUGGUGCUCAGAUAUCAGAUGAGAAGUGCUGUUGAAGAAGAAGCAGCCUCAGACAGUGACAGAAAUUUUUCUGAAGAUGUACUUGAUAAAUUUGAUGACUGGACCUUUAUCCCAGAGUCUUCGAUGGACUGUGUGUUUGGUCAGAGUGAUGACCUGGAUAGCGAAGGAAGUGAAGGUUCAUUUUUGGUGAAAAAGAAAUCAAGUUCAGUUAAUGUAGGAGAAUUGUACCGAGAUCCUGUGUUGCAGCGUUCCUCUCCAAGUGCGCAGAGACAUUCCAGUUCAUUGGGGCCUAUUUUUGAUCAUGAAGACUUUCUGAGGAGGAAAAGAAAACUAUUGACUUCAGAUGAUUCCCUCAGGACAUCAAAACUUCAGCCACAUACAAGGCAUUUGGACAGUGCUUCUUCAAUGGCUUGUGAGAGAGAAUAUAUUACAUCUCUAGACCUUUCUGCCAAUGAACUCAGAGAUAUCCAUGCCCUGAGCCAGAAAUGCUGCAUCAGUAGCCAUCUGGAGCACAUCGAGAAGCUGGAGCUCCACCAGAAUGCGCUCACAAGCUUUCCACAGCAGCUCUGCGAGACUCUGAAGUGUUUGACACAUUUGGAUUUACACAGUAAUAAAUUUACAUCAUUUCCCUCUUACUUGCUGAAAAUGAAUUGUAUCUCCAACCUUGACGUCUCUCGAAAUGACAUUGGACCCUCUGUCUUUGUGGAUCCCUCAGUGAAGUGUCCCACCCUGAGACAGCUGAAUCUAUCAUACAAUCAGCUGUCUUCUUUUCCUGAGACCCUUCCUGAGGUGGUGGAAAGGUUGGAGCAACUCCUUUUAGAAGGAAAUAAAAUAUCAGAGAUAUAUUUCCCCUUGAGUCUGAAGGAACUGAAGAUUUUAAAUCUUAGUAAAAAUCGUAUUUCAUCUCUACCAGAGAACUUUUUUAAAGCUUGUCCAAAAAUGGAGAAUUUCAGUGCCAGAAUGAAUUCUCUUGAUACUAUGCCUUUCUUGCCUUCUUCUAUAACAAGCCUAAAAUUGGCUCAAAACAAGUUUACAUGUAUUCCACAUUCAAUUUUAGAUCUACCACACUUGCGGUCCUUAGAUAUGAGUAGCAAUGAUAUUGACUGUCUGCCAGGUCCUGCAAACUGGAAAUCUCUGAAUUUAAGAGAGCUCUUAUUUAACUAUAAUCAGAUCAGCAUCUUGGACUUGAGUGAAAAAGCAUAUACAUGGUCCAGAGUAGAGAAACUCCAUCUUUCUCAUAAUAAACUGAAAGAGAUUCCUCCUGAGAUUGGCUGCCUUGAAAAUUUGACCUCUCUCGAUGUUAGUUACAACGUGGAACUGAGAUCCUUUCCCAAUGAAAUGGGGAAAUUAAGCAAAAUAUGGGAUCUUCCUUUGGAUGAGUUGCAUCUUAACUUUGAUUUUAAACAUAUAGGAUGUAAAGCCAAAGAUAUCAUAAGGUUUCUUCAACAGCGAUUGAAAAAAGCUGUGCCCUAUAAUAGAAUGAAACUUAUGAUUGUGGGAAAUACUGGAAGUGGUAAAACCACUUUAUUACAGCAAUUAAUGAAAACCAAGAAAUCCGAUCUUGGAGUGCAGGGUGCCACAGUGGGCAUAGAUGUGAAAGACUGGCCUAUCCAGAUAAAAGGCAAAAAGAAGAAAGACCUUGUUCUCAAUGUGUGGGAUUUUGCAGGUCGUGAGGAAUUCUACAGUACUCAUCCCCACUUCAUGACCCAGAGAGCACUGUACCUUGCCGUCUUCGACCUCAGCAAAGGGCAGGCAGAAGUGGAUGCCAUGAAGCCCUGGCUCUUCAACAUAAAGGCACGGGCUUCGUCCUCCCCCGUGAUUCUUGUUGGUACGCAUUUGGAUGUUUCUGAUGAGAAGCAGCACAAAGCCUGCAUAAGUAAAAUCACCAAAGAACUCCUGAACAAGCGAGGGUUUCCUGCAAUUCGAAAUUACCUCUUUGUGAAUGCUACUGAGGAGUCCGACGCUUUGGCAAAGCUUCGGAAAACCAUCGUAAGCGAGAGUCUUAAUUUCAAGAUCAGGGAUCAGCCUGUUGUGGGGCAGCUAAUUCCAGAUUGCUACGUAGAACUCGAGAAAAUCGUUUUAACAGAGCGCAAAAAUGUGCCAAUUGAAUUUCCUGUAAUUGACCGGAAAAGAUUGUUACAACUGGUAAAGGAAAAUCAGCUGCAAUUAGAUGAAAAUGAGCUUACUCAUGCUGUUCACUUCCUAAACGAAUCAGGAGUUCUUCUUCAUUUUCAAGACCCUGCAUUGCAGUUAAGUGACUUAUAUUUUGUGGAACCCAAGUGGCUUUGUAAAGUCAUGGCACAGAUUCUGACAGUAAAAGUGGAAGGCUCUCCAAAAUAUCCUAAGGGAAUCAUUUCACGUAGAGAUGUGGAAAGAUUUCUUUCAAAGAAGAGGAGAUUUCCAAAGAACUACAUGACACAAUAUUUUAAACUCCUAGAAAAAUUUCAGAUUGCCUUGCCAACAGGAGAAGAAUACUUACUGGUUCCAAGCAGUUUGUCUGACCACAGACCUGUGAUAGAGCUUCCCCACUGUGAGAACUCUGAAAUUAUCAUUCGACUAUAUGAGAUGCCAUAUUUUCCCAUGGGAUUUUGGUCAAGAUUAAUCAAUCGGUUACUUGAAAUUUCACCUUACAUGCUUUCAGGAAGAGAACGAGCACUUCGCCCAAACAGAAUGUACUGGCGACAGGGCAUCUACUUGAAUUGGUCUCCUGAAGCUUAUUGUCUGGUAGGAUCUGAGGUCUUAGACAAUCAGCAAGAGAGUUUCUUAAAAAUUACAGUUCCUUCUUGUAGAAAAGGCUGUAUUCUUUUGGGACAAGUUGUGGACCACAUUGAUUCUCUCAUGGAAGAAUGGUUUCCUGGGCUACUGGAGAUUGAUAUUUGUGGUGAAGGAGAAACUCUGUUGAAGAAAUGGGCAUUAUAUAGUUUUAACGAUGGUGAAGAGCAUCAAAAGAUCUUACUUGAUGAUCUGAUGAAGAAAGCUGAAGAAGGAGACCUCCUAGUAAAUCCAGAUCAGCCAAGACUCACAAUUCCUAUAUCUCAGAUUGCUCCUGACUUGAUCUUGGCUGACCUGCCUAGAAAUAUUAUUUUGAAUAAUGAUGAAUUGGACUUUGAGCAAGCUCCAGAAUUCCUUUUAGGUGAUGGAAGUUUUGGAUCCGUUUAUCGAGCAGCCUAUGAAGGAGAGGAAGUGGCUGUGAAGAUUUUUAAUAAACAUACAUCACUUAGGCUGUUGAGACAAGAGCUGGUGGUGCUUUGCCACCUUCACCAUCCCAGCUUAAUAUCUCUGCUGGCAGCUGGGAUUCGUCCCCGGAUGCUGGUGAUGGAGCUGGCCCCUAAGGGUUCCCUGGAUCGUUUGCUGCAGCAGGACAAAGCCAGCCUCACCCGGACCCUCCAGCACAGGAUCGCGCUCCACGUGGCUGAUGGUUUGAGAUACCUCCAUUCGGCCAUGAUUAUCUACCGAGACCUGAAGCCCCACAAUGUGCUGCUUUUCACCCUGUAUCCCAACGCUGCCAUCAUUGCCAAGAUUGCCGACUACGGGAUUGCUCAGUACUGCUGCAGGAUGGGCAUAAAGACGUCAGAGGGCACCCCAGGGUUCCGUGCUCCUGAAGUUGCCAGAGGAAAUGUCAUUUAUAACCAACAAGCUGACGUUUAUUCAUUUGGUUUACUACUCUAUGACAUUUUGACAACCGGAGGUAGAAUACUAGAGGGUUUGAAGUUUCCAAAUGAGUUUGAUGAAUUAGCAAUACAAGGAAAAUUGCCUGAUCCAGUGAAAGAAUAUGGUUGUGCCCCAUGGCCUAUGGUUGAGAAGUUAAUUAGAAAGUGUUUGAAAGAAAAUCCUCAGGAAAGGCCUACUUCUGCCCAGGUCUUUGACUUCUUGAACUCAGCUGAGUUAAUUUGUCUUACGAGACAUAUUUUGAUACCUGAAAACAUUAUUGCUGAAUGCAUGGUUUCUAUGAAUUCUAAUAGCAAGAAUGCAAAUAUUUGGCUUGGCUGUGGGCACAAUGACAAAGGGCAGCUCUCCUGCCUUGACCUAAACACCGAAGGACACACUUUGGAGGAGGUGACUGACAGUAGAAUACUGUGCUUAGCCUUGGUGCACCUUCCUGCCGAGAAGGAGAGCUGGAUUGUGUCUGGGACACAGUCUGGUGCUCUCCUGGUUAUCAACACUGAUGACAGGACAAAGAGACACACUCUGCAGAAGAUGACAGAUUCUAUUACUUGCUUGUAUUGCAAUUCUUUCCCCAAGCAAAGCAAGCAAAAUAAUUUUCUUUUGGUCGGAACUGCUGAUGGCAACUUAGCGAUUUUUGAAGAUAAAACUGUUAAGUGUGAAGGAGCCACACCUUUGAAGACGCUGAACAUCGGGGAUGUCAGCACACCACUGAUGUGUCUGAGUGAAUCCAUGAAUUCAAGUGAAAGGAGCAUUAUGUGGGGCGGAUGCGGCACAAAGAUUUUCUCAUUUUCUAAUGACCUCACGAUUCAGAAACUCAUUGAGACAAGGACAAAUCAACUGUUUUCUUACUCAGCUUUCAGCGAUUCCAACAUCAUAGCAGUGGCAGUCGAUGCAGCUCUCUAUAUUGCUAAGAAAAACAGUCCUGUUGUGGAAGUGUGGGACAAGAAGACUGAAAAACUCUGUGAACUAAUAGACUGUGUGCAUUUAUUAAAGGAAGUAAUGGUGAAGAUGAACCAGGAAUCAAAAUACAAAAUGUCCUAUUCUGGGAGAGUGAAAACUCUGUGCCUUCAGAAGAAUACUGCCCUCUGGAUAGGGACUGGAGGCGGCCAUGUUUUACUCCUUGAUCUUUCCACUCGUAGGAUCAUACGCAUAAUUUACAACUUUUGUGAUUCUGUUAGAGUCAUGAUGACGGCACAAUUAGGCAACCUUAAAAAUGUCAUGCUGGUUUUGGGGUAUAACCGGAAAAAUACUGAAGAUAUACAGCACCAGAAAGAGAUACAAUCUUGUUUGUCAGUUUGGGACCUCAAUUUUCCACAUGAAGUGCAAAAUUUAGAAAAACACAUUGAAGUGCGACAAGAAUUAGCUGAAAAAAUGAGAAGAACAUCUGUUGAAUAAGAGGGAUGUCAGAAACCUUUGUCUUUGGAUGGGAAAAUUGUUCCUUGUAAAUAUUUCUUUCAAAAUAUUUAUAUUGAUUUUACUUUAAAGAGAAAAAUCACAAACAAACAAACAAAAAAAAACAAACCAAAGCCAAACCAAAAAAAAAGUUUACAUUGAAAGCAAAACUUCCACUCUUUGAAGUAGCUUUUAUAUAUAUGAAGGAAUGUUUAUGUGUUUAUUUUUAAGUUAAGUAUAUGUAAAAUAGUUGACUUAAAAUGGUGUUUUAGUGAAUAUGUGUUCCAAGAAACUAUUUAAAGUAAAAAUGUUAUAUUACCUAUAUAUCCUAAUUAAUUUGGUGUAUUAAUUAAAUCUAUAAAGUACUUAAUUGCAAUACUCACAGUAAAGUAACAAAACAAUCAUUUUUGCUUUUCUGUUCAUACUGAAGAUAAAAUUUAUUUUAAAUUCUAUGCUUCAGGACUGUUGCCUAUUUAUUUUCUGGAAAUUCUUCAGGGAAGAAUAAAAAUAUUUGGAGCCAGAUGUGGUAGCACAAACCUAUGAUCCCAGUACUCAGUAGAUUGAGGCAGAAGGAUCACUGUGAGUUUGAGGCCAGCCUGGGCUACAUAGUGAGUUUAAGGCAACCUAAACUACAUAUUUAAUGAGACCCUGUCUUAAAAAAUGUAUAUAUAUAUAUAUAUACAUAAGUAUAUAAUAUAUAUAAUGUAAUAUAUUCUUUCUUAGGUUAAUCACAUAUACUUUUAACCUCUCAAGUGAAUUUUUCUAAUAAAGCCCAGAGUUGGGACAUAAAUUCUCUUUUUUGCUAAUGCAGUGUACUUCACACAACUGCAUCUACAAGAAACACAUUAAAACUACUGAUGUGUAAACAUGACAGUUAUAGUCUUCAUUUCAGAGAAAUAUACACUCAUACUCUUUUCCUAUUUUUUAAUCAUGUCUUUGAAUGUGGAUAUCCUAAUAUUUGUAAAUCAAGUGUAGAUAUAUUGUCAAGUCCCUGAAGUGAUAUUUUUCUGGUUUUGUUUUGAUUGAUACACCAGACCACUUACUGCUUGUGUCCAAAUUUGAUUUGUUCUAAUUCUGGUACUUCUAUUUUCCCUAAAUUAUAUUCUGCAUCUAUUUUUAGAAUUAUAGCAAUCCCUAACUCCUAUUGUGUCAAGGUUCACUAGAGGAACAGAUUUAAUAUAAAAAAUCAUAGAUAUGAUUUACAAGGUAGGUAUACAGUGGCUGCCAGCAGAGUCAGAUGUGAAAGAAAGUCAAAGAACUGUCUGCAUCCUGGAGAACGAGAGGAUCCAGUGAAAAAGUCAUAGGCCUAGAGCUCACUGCAGAAAUUCCACAGAAUUUAAAUUAGGAGGCCACAGAGUCUGUGCUGGAGACCUGGAAGGAAGGAGUAGAAGCAAGACUUCCUUCUUUCCCUUUUUAUUCCAUCCAGACUAUAAACUUACUGGUUGGUGUCACUUGUACCCAGCAUGGGGCCAGACAUGCCAAGAACUGUGCUAAACCAACCUGCUAGGUAUUUCUUCCUCAAAUUGACAUCACAACUAACACCCAAGACUGUGGGAACACAUGCAAAACUCAUUCUUCAGUUCACUAGAGAAAAUGAAACUUUAGCUAUGAUGAGCAAAACCUGCUGUUAACCUGAUCUAAAUUAGAUCUAAAUUAUUUAAAUGUCUUUCCUCAGUAGAAUUGCUGCCACAUACAUAUGUAAUGCUUUGAGUAUCAUCUCUGUCUUUGAAGAACACAUUUGGAAAUUCAUUGGUACUGGCCAAAAUAUAUAAUCUCAAACAAUUCCCUAUGAUAGAAUAACAAGCCUACUUAAUUUUCUCAGCAUUGACUGUCUUUAAUUAUAUAAAGACUUUCAAUUUCCAUCUAGUAAAGGUAAUCAAAUUAACCUUGAUAUAUUUUCCAUUUUCAAAGGGACCCAUUCUUUAAUUUGUUAUGUAAUUACUAACAAAUAUCUAUGCAUGAAUUGGGGGUCUUUUUUCCUGGAUUCUCUCAUUGUUACUUUUUAUGUAUGUACAAUUUUUAAACCAAAGAAUUAUAGAAAAAUUUGUAAAUGAACAUUGUAUUUAAAUAGAAUAAUAAAUAUUUUAAAGCAUGUGUAUUUUUAAAA